CAGACCAGAGAGAGUGAGAAACAGACAGGAAGAGUAGAAGACAGAAACAUCUCCAUCAUCGACACGCCAGGAUUCUUCAACUCUCAACUGACCGAUGAAGAGAUGAAGAAUGAGAUGAUGAAGAGUAUGUACCUCUGUUAUCCUGGUCCUCAUCUGUUCCUGCUCGUCAUCAACCUGAAGACCUUCAGAGAGGAGCAGAGGAACCUCGUGGAGCAAAUUCAGGAGAACUUUGGAGCUCAGGCUUUGAAGUUCACAAUGGUGCUGUUUGUUGGUAGAGAACAAAUGUCGAAAAGAGAGCUGACAGUCUUUACAUUUACUCUAAAGUUUCAGGAACUAGUCAGGCACUGCCAAAGUAAAUAUCAUGUGAUCAACAGUAAAAAUGAGACAAAUCAAACUCACAUCACAGAGCUUCUAGAGAAGAUUGAUGAAAUCAUCAAACAGAAUAAUGACCAGCAUUAUGAUAAUGAGAUUUACUUACAGUAUCCAACAAAGAAAGAAAGUAAUAAACAAGGAAAGAAGAAGGACAGAACAAAUGUGCAAGAGACAAAACAACAGCAGGUAAUAGUACAGGACGUGAUACGCAACUACCCUGUAAAGGAAAAGGACACAACAAAUGUUGUGACUGAAAAGAAAGAUUUUAUUUCUCAUGUGACAAAAACUGAGAGAACUGAAUUAUAUGUAGACAGACACUCUAGAGAUCCACAAGAAAAGAAAAAUAAUGAAGAAGAGGUGGUCAAACCAUCAGCAAAAUCACUGAGAAACUACUUUGAACACAAGGGAGAAACAAAUACAGUCCAGAAACCAGAAAAAUACAGAAGAAGAAAAUGUGACCAGAAGAAACAACAGACAGAGACAGAACAACAUCCAACCCAAACAGUCUCAGAGUGCAUCCAGAGCAGACACACAAAACCUGCUCAGUGCACAGAUCUCAGGAUCGUGAUGGUGGGGAAAACUGGAGCUGGAAAGAGUGCAACUGGAAACACCAUCCUGGGACAGAAAACAUUUAAAGAAGAACUUUCUACUGAAUCUGUGACUGUGAAAUGCCAACAGCAUCAGCAGACAGUAGAAGGUCGAAUCAUCUCAGUGAUAGACACUCCAGGACUGUUUGAUACGUCAAUCAGUGAAGAACAACUGAAGAAUGAAUUAGUGAAGUGUGUAGAAAUGUCUGUUCCUGGUCCUCACGUGUUUCUGCUGGUCAUUAGACUGGACGUGAGAUUCACAGAUGAAGAGAAAAACACAGUCAAAUGGAUUCAGAAGAACUUUGGAGAAGAAGCUGCACGUUACACCAUCGUUCUGUUCACUAGAGGAGAUCAGUUAAAAACAUCCAUAGAGGAGUUUCUAAUCAAAAACAAGCAGAUUCAAGAGCUAGCUGAACAGUGUAAAGAACGUUAUCAUGUGUUCAAUAACGCAAAAGAAGAAAAUCGAUCACAGGUCACUGAACUGCUGGAGAAGAUCCACAGAAUGGUGAAGGAGAACGGAGGAGAGCAUUACACAAAUGAGAUGUACCAGGAAGCUCAGCGAAAAAUAAGGCUGAAAAAGGUUAAAGAUGCAGCAUUAGUGGGAACAGCUGUAGCAGCAGGUGUAGGAGCAGCAGUUGUAGGAGGUGCAAUGUUGAUUGCUGCUCCUAAUCAAGUGGCUCUACGUGCAGCUGUAAUGACAGGAACAGCUGCUGGAGCUGCUGCAAUGGCUGCUGCUAAUGGAACACCACUAUCUGAAGCUAUAAUCAAAGAAUUUAAAGCAGUAUAUGAGCCCAAGAAGGAGAAAUGAAAUGCUAAAAACUACAUUAAAGGAAGGGAUGCCAACCUUUGAGUUCAGUUUGGAGUGAGAAAGGUAUCGAGUAUAUUGAGUUCUGGUCAUUUUGAACCAGAGAAGAUCUAUUUCUUAAAAAUGCUAAUAACUGUUUUCACAUUGGACUUAUACCUACUGACUAUGUUCACACAGGGUAUAACAACUUCUCCCCAACAUUUUUGUGAAUCAACCCCCUUCCCCUAAAUAUUGGACUUUUUGUCAUCUUAUUUUCUUUCAGUUAGCACAGAUUUGUAUCUCUUUUUUGAACUGAUUCAGGAGAGUUUUGAAGCUCAAGCCAUGAGGUUCACAAUUGUUCUGUUUAUUGGAAGAGAAAAAAAUAUUAAAUUAAAAUUUAGUAGAAAAUUUCUGGAUCUAGUUAGUCACUGCAUGAAUAGCUAUUAUGUGAUCAACAGUGUUUCUUCCCAGUUAGAUUUGUAGGGGCAAAAGGGGAGUAACAUUUUAAAGUAAAGGUUUGAACCAUUCUCAGUUCCAGCACUCAGUACACAAAGUAAGAUGCCAGUAAAUGUACAGGUGCAUCUCAAUUUUUU